AUGAAUAUAUCUCCUGGAGAAACGAAUUACUUUACUCCAGAGUGUGAAGAGGGUAAAAAGCCAUUCGUUGGACAGGUGUUCGCUACUCUAGAAGGAGGAAUUGAAUUCUACAAAACUUACGCCACUACUACUGGGUUUGAUGUGCGGCGUGCUUCCGAGAAGACGGAUAGGCAAGGGCAAAUCACGUCGAAGUACGUGUUGUGCUCACGUGCUGGGUUCAAACUCCCUACUGGCGAAGGGGAUGGGGUAGGCGUGGCAAUGGUUGAAGACAAUGCCCCAACAAAAAGGCGACGUGUCACAAAUCGGGUGGGGUGCAACGCCAGAAUAAUAUUCAAGAGAGCGAAGGACAAUAAUGGUUAUGAGGUUUAUGCAAUAGAAGAACGCCAUAACCACUUGUUACGCACAGCAAUUUCUAGGCCCUUCAUGAAGGCAAACCGGAAGCUUGACCUUGGGCACCAAAACUUCAUCAUCAAUUGUGCAAAGGCAAAUAUCGGGUAUAACAAAUCCUUUACACUAUACGAAGAGAUGGUGGGAGGGUUUGCAAACGUUGGCGCUACAGUAACAUAUUUUGGUAAUUUCAAAAGAGAUAUAAUGGCAUACAUUGAAGGUGCAGAUGCCCAACUAGUGCUUGACAAGUACAUGGCAAAGAAAGAAGUGUCAACUGACUUCUACUUUGCCCAUGAUGUUGAUGAACUUGACCAACUGUGCAGAAUUUUUUGGGCAGACCCACAGGCUCGCCACAACUUCAAACUAUUCGGUGAUGUUAUGUCCUUCGACGCCACAUACAGUACAAACAGGUACAAGAUGGUGUUUGUGCCAUUCACGGGGGUUGACCACCACAAGAAGAGCGUGACAUUCGCAGCCGGAUUAAUUACCAGAGAAGAUGUGGACUCCUACGCCUGGUUGCUAGAACACUUCAAAAAUGCCAUGGGUAAAGUACCAGCCUGCACAGUUACUGACCAAGACCCCGCAAUGAGAGUCGCAAUAGCACGAGUUUUUGAUACAACACGCCACAGAUUCUGCAUGUGGCACAUAAUGACAAAGGUUUGUGAGAAGGUAGGGCCAACAUUAGCGAGUAAUGAAGAUUUCCUAAAAAGCCUCAACGAUGUGGUUUGGAGUGAGACGCAAUCAAUUAGGGAGUUUGAAACAGGUUGGCAAACAGUGAUGGAAAAACACAAUCUAGUUGAGCACAAAUGGUUUACCCACCUGUUCGAGAUACGUGAUCAUUGGAUACCAGCAUUCUUCAACGACGUAUUCAUGGGUGGCUUAAUUAGAACAACCUCAAGGUCAGAAUCUGAGAACAACGUAUUCAGCAACUGCACUUCUCCCCAUUUCAGUUUAACGCAGUUCUUCAUUCAAUUUGAAAAAGCAAUAGACAAACAACGCCACAACCAAUCACAACUAAACGCAAAUUGUGAGGACAAGUUCCCAGUGUUGAAAACGCCUAUAUUGCUAGAACGCCAAGCUGCUGCAACGUAUACAAUUGCUGUUUUUUAUGAUGUCCAAAAAGAGAUAGUGAAAGCCUGCUUCUCAUCCCAAGUUGUUAACAAAACAGUUGAAGGAAGCACUACCACAUUGCUGAUAGAGGACACGAACACAGUGUUCCAUUCUGUGGAAUACAAUCAUAUAGAGGGGAAAGCAAAAUGCUCAUGCAAUAUGUUCCAAAGGAUUGGUCUACAAUGCAGACAUGUGUUCUUGACCUUUAAGGACGCACGUUUGGAGAGAAUACCUGCGCAAUAUAUCAUUCCCCGAUGGACACGCAGUUCUUGUUGGCCACACGCACAGCUGUAUGCAAACCCAGAACUGGGUAGUCCUACCGAAGCUAUUGGAGGGAACACACGAAUGGGUACCGUAUUUGAUGAGUUCUUCAAGUGUGUGGGGUAUGCGUAUGGCAACACCGACAGAAUAACAGAGUUAGGAAAAAUACUGAAAGAACAUAGGGAAAGAUCAAUGGAAAGCGUGCACCAAGUGGAAGCUAAAGCGCAGAAGAGUGGUAUGAUUCGUAGCUUUUGUGGGUCUACCUCAUCACCGAACAUCACGGUUCACCCCCCCCCCGCCAUUGCAAAGAACAAAGGUUCAGGGAAGAGAUUGAAAUCAUCAAAGGAGAUUGCAUCAGAAAUAGCUGCCAAGGAUGUCAGGAAAUGUAGGACUUGUAACAAAUACGGCCACCAUGACAGCCGCAACUGCGAGCUCCGAUCGAAGACCAAGAAAAAGAGUCAGACAAACCCGGCCUAA